AGAGUGGAGGUCUAACAUGGUCAAGAGUCAAGAGUAGAGACUGGAGAGUCGAGGCCCCCAAAACAGCGCAUUCUAAAAAUGGCGUUUUUGUUUCGGAAAUUUCAAGAGGCAGUAAAAACUCUUGCUAAAAGUCCUACAUUUUCAAAGAACCCAAGAGAUCUCCAAUUUGAGGCUGACAUAAACCGCCUUUUCCUCUUUACGAGCUAUAAUCGUUUAGGAAGCAAUGCUGAUGAUGCUGAUGCGGAGGAAAUUAUUGACAUGGCUAGCAAAGCUUCCUUGUCUGACCAACAAAAGCAAGUUCAAGAGAAUAUUCAUUCUCAAAUCAAAACUUUCUGCAUGCUUAUGGACGACAUUCUUCUUGCAAACAAAACAAUUGAAGAACAAGCUGAUUUCGCUGCACAAAUGAUUAAGGAUUCACGGCAGAGUGGACUGGUUUUUGCUCUUGGUUGUGCUGCCAGCUCUCCCAGUAGUCAAUCUGCUGUACCCGAUACAAAACCGUUAAGGUUGGCUGAAGUUAGUCAGGCCAUCAAGGAUCAUCUAGGCUAUUCACUUGCUAUUCGACCUUCUCAAAUCCCGCACAAGGAUGCUGGCCAAGGACUGUUCCUGGAAGGCAAAGCUGAGGUUGGUUCUGUGAUUGCAAUUUAUCCUGGUGUAGUAUACUCCCCAGCAUUCUACCGUUAUAUUCCAGGAUACCCUAGAGUAGAUGCACAAAAUUCUUAUCUGAUCACGAGAUAUGAUGGUUCAGUGAUAAAUGCACAGCCUUGGGGUGUUGGAAAUGAUAUCCGUGAAUUUUGGGACGGAACGAGCUCUCCUCAAGCUGCAAACUUCCCUAAACAAAGUGCUGAAACAGGUUCUGAUCGGAUGUGGAAAAUGCUGAGCACGCGUCUGAAUAGCCCCAGGAGUGGGAUGCGUGGUGAGAUUUUGGAGCGGCGCAAUCCCCUGGCCUUUGCUCAUUUUGCGAACCAUCCACCAAAAGGUGAGAUCCCUAAUGUCAUGGUUUGCCCAUAUGAUUUUGUGCUAGAUGAGAAAGAUAUGAGAGCAUACAUUCCGAAUAUUACAUUUGGAAGUGAAGAGGGGGUAAAGAUGAGAAGGUUCGGUAGUUUUUGGUUCAAGACAGGAAGUUCUGUUCACGGUACAUCUGAUUCUCCCAUUCUUAAAUCGCUUGUACUUGUGGCCAACCGGUCAAUACACAAUGAAGAGAUCCUCCUGAAUUACAGGUUAAGCAACUUAAAGCGUCGACCAUCUUGGUACACUCCAGUUGACGAAGAAGAGGAUCGAAGGAGAUGGGGUUGAUUCGCAUACAAUAUCCGCUAUAACAUUCAGAACAAUGAGAGACAGGUGCAUUUGUCAUUUGUUUAACAGCUAUAGAAACCUCCUAAGAUUAUUUUUGCUUUGGGAAUAUUAUUGAUGAGGUCAAUAGAUACCAAUAAGAGUUUUGCAUUCGGCAUUUUCCAAUAUAGUAGUUAGCUUGUGAUUUCAAUAGCAGUGUUACGAAUCGAUGUUGAUUUCUACCUUUCUGAUUUUGAUGUGAAACGCUUGAUAAACCUGACCGUGUUGCUUUUGUUCUUUCCAAGCCAAUGAAUUGAUACAAUCCAUGUUUUGAUCUUU